AUGGCGGUGUCGUUCGAGGGCGACGACGUGCGGCAGGGCGUGCCGGAGAACCUCGAGAACCUCGUCGCGCCGCACAUCGACUCCUUCGACUAUUUCGUCGAGCGCGGGUUACCAGAAGCUGUUCGCCUGAUUCGACCCGUGGAAGCGGGCACCACUUACAUCCCUUUCCCCCAUUUCCCCCCGUUUCCGCUCCCCGCCGCCCUCCUUCCCCCUCGUCUCUCCCACACCAGUGCCGCCAGGCGGGCACCACCUACAGGGGCGACUUCCGAAUCGACUUCCUUUCCACCAUCCCCCACACCCCUCCACCCCCCGUUUUUGCCCUCUUCCCCUUCGUCUCUGUCACACCAGUGUCGCCAGGCGGGCACCACCUACCGGGGCGACUUCCGCAUCGACCUCUGCGUCUCCUACUUUGACGAGGACGAUGACGUGGCGCUUGCUGACGUGGCGAAGGGUCCCAUGCAGCGCCAGCAGCUGAGCCUGGGCAGGGUGCCAAUCAUGGUCAAGUCCGGUUCAUGUCAUCUGCGCCACCUCACACAGGAGCAGCUCGUGCGGCGCAAGGAGGAGAGCAUCGAGCUCGGCGGCUACUUCAUCUGCAACGGCAUCGAGCGUCUCAUCCGCCUGCUCAUUGCUCCCCGCCGCAACUAUGUGAUGAAUCUGCGGCGCCCCACGCUGCUAAAGAAGGGGCUCAACUUCUCUGACAUGGCCACCACCAUCCGGUGUGUGCGCACAGACCAAUCAGCAGUGACCAACCGGGUCGUCUACGUCAACGAUGGCAACGCAUGCUUCAACUUCUCCCUGAGGAAGCAAGAGUAUUUCAUCCCCGUGGGGAUCAUUCUCAAGUGCCUAGUGGACGUCUCAGAUGCAGAGCUUCUAUCCUCAUCCUUCGGCUUACCUGGCUUCUUGUCCAUCUACCUCCCCGCCUCCCACCCUUCCGUAAUCCCCUGUAAUCUCCCCUCCCAGUGCCUGGUGGACGUCUCAGAUGCAGAGCUGUACGAGCAUCUGACGGCCAUCCUCACAGCACAGCAGGCAGCAGCCGACCCUCCGGAGAGCGACACGCAGCUCACAGCAACCGAAGGAGGAGUAGAGGCAGCAACAAAACCAGCAGCAGCAGCGGCGGCGGCGGCGGCAGCGGGGUUGGGAACGCAGUUUGUGAGAGAGAGGGCGUUGGUGGUGCUGAGUCACCCGCGCUCUCUGGGCCUCUUCACGCGCAUGGAGUGCCUGGCCUUCCUUGGAAAGACUUUCCGCCCUGCUGUCAACGUGCCCAGCUACAAGUCAGACGCCUAUGUAGGGCAGCAGAUCAUAGCGGACCUGGUGCUCGUGCAUCUCGACAAACCCAUGGACAAGCUGCGCCUGCUCGUCUUCAUGCUGCACAAGCUGUGGUCGAUGGUGGACGGGCUAUCACAGGAGGACUCAAUGGACACGCUCAUGCACCACGAGCUCUACCUGCCAGGCCACAUCCUCAACAUCUUCAUCAAGGAGAAGCUGCAGGUACACCUGCACAAGAUCCAAGCGCACGCCGCCCAGGAGCUCGUCGACAACCCCACCACCACCGACCUCCGCGCCUCCAACUGGCUGCGCCGCCUCGUCGAGGGCGGCCGGCCCGGGGCGGCAGGGGCGGCGCCGGCCGGCGGGCUUUCGAUGACGUUUAUAGGAAAGGACAUAGAGUACAUGCUGAACACGGGGAAUCUCGCGAGCCCGUCAGGGCUGGACAUGCAACAGAGGUCGGGGUUCACGGUGGUGGCUGAUAAGCUCAACUGGCACCGCUACCUCUCGCACUUCCGGUCCGUGCAUCGAGGGGCGUUCUUCUCCACUCUUCGGACCACCACUAGUCCGUCAGGGCUGGACAUGUCUCAGAAGUCGGGGUUCACGGUGGUGGCUGAUAAGCUCAACUGGCACCGCUACCUCUCGCACUUCCGGUCCGUGCAUCGAGGGGCGUUCUUCUCCACUCUUCGGACCACCACUAGUCCGUCAGGGCUGGACAUGUCUCAGAAGUCGGGGUUCACGGUGGUGGCUGAUAAGCUCAACUGGCACCGCUACCUCUCGCACUUCCGGUCCGUGCAUCGAGGGGCGUUCUUCUCCACUCUUCGGACCACCACUAGUCCGUCAGGGCUGGACAUGUCUCAGAAGUCGGGGUUCACUGUCGUGGCGGAUAAGCUCAACUGGCACCGCUACCUCUCGCACUUCCGGUCCGUGCAUCGAGGGGCGUUCUUCUCCACUCUUCGGACCACCACUAGUCCGUCAGGGCUGGACAUGUCUCAGAAGUCGGGGUUCACUGUCGUGGCGGAUAAGCUCAACUGGCACCGCUACCUCUCGCACUUCCGCCAGGAAGGGGUUUCCCCUAUUUGUGCGCAAGUUGCCCCCAAAGUGAGUGCUCCUGCUGCUCUCGCCAUGCCUCACAUCUUCGUCUCCCCAUCUCUUCUCCCUCGUUUUCUCACCUUUACCCCUUCCAUGGCAGGUCGUGGGUGGGGGUUCGUGUGUCCCGUGCACACACCAGACGGCGCCCCCUGCGGCCUCCUCACCCACCUCUCAGCCCCAUGUACAGUCACCGCCAACCUCAACCCCCCUUCCCUCUUUUCCACCCACCCCGUCUCAUCUCACGGCAGGUCGUGGGGGUUCGUGUGUCCCGUGCACACACCCGAUGGGGCCCCCUGCGGUCUCCUCACUCACCUGUCAGCCCCAUGCACUGUCACCACCGACCUCACUCCCCCUCCCCUCGCCUCCCCCUCCCCCUCCGCCCCCUCCUCCUCCUUAGCCCUCCUCCCCUCCACCCCCGGCUCUGCCCUCGUCCCCCACACCCCCUCCACGACUGCCGGAACUCCCGGGGCAGCCUCCCUAGCCUCGGGGCUAGGUUCGGGGGUUGGCUCGGUGAAGUCCCGCGACGCGAUUGGCCGGGCGGUGCUGCGGUGUCUGGCGCCGUUUGGGCUGGCGGCGGUGGGGGCGGGGGUGCCGCCCCCUGCCCCGCCUCCGGUGUUUCUGACGGUGAUGGUCGAUGGGUGUCUACUGGGGCACAUUCACUCAGAAAUGGCACCGGCCGCGGUGAAGCAUCUGAGUUCAGUGGGGCUAGUGGCAGUGUCUCUGACGGUGAUGGUGGAUGGGUGUGUGAUGGGGCACAUUCAUUCCGAGAUGGCACCGGCUGGGAUCCCUCGGGACCUAGAGGUCGCCUUCAUCCCCUUCUCCCAGCAAGGAACCUUCCCGGGCAUUUUCCUCUUCUCUGCGCCGGCUCGCUUCGUUCGGCCUGUGCGGCAGCUGCCCUCCCUCAACCCCAGGGCCGCCGCUGCACCCACCUUCGAGCUCAUUGGCAGCCUCGAGCAGGUCUUUCUCGACGUGCUCUGCCCCGAUGGUUCGUCGGCCCCUUCCGCCCCGUCCGGCCAAGCCUCGGCGACAGGUUCGGCGACGCAUGAGGAGGUUCGGCCGACGGAUAUCCUGAGUGUGAUGGCGAAUCUGACCCCUUGGUCCGAUUACAACCAGAGCCCCCGCAACAUGUACCAGUGCCAGAUGGGGAAGCAAACGAUGGGCAUGCCGCUGCACUCCUUCCCCUUCCGCAAUGACAACAAGCUGUACCGCCUACAGACGCCCCAGACGCCCAUCGCCCGCACGGCAGCGUAUGACGACUAUGCCAUGGAUCAAUACCCCACUGGGGCCAAUGCUGUCGUUGCCGUGCUGGCUUAUACCGGGUAUGACAUGGAGGAUGCGAUGAUCAUCAACAAGUCAUCCAUGGAGAGGGGCUUUGGCCACGGUUACAUCUACAAGAACGAGGUGAUCGAGGCCACCCAGGGGUCAGCGUCACGCGUGGCCAAGUUCACGCCGUCCGGGCUGCCCGUGCAGAUGCUGGGGCGGGCGGCCAGUCACCGACGCGGACACAAGUGGACCAUUGACACCGAUGGGCUGCCCCGCCCUGGGGAGCACAUCACAAGCGGCGACGUGUAUGCAUGCAAGGUGAACACGGUGACAGGCAAGGCGGACGAGAUCAAGCUCAAGGGGUCAGAAGAUGCGGUGGUGGACGGGGUCACGCUCAUCGGCACCGGCGCUAAGACAGCGCUCACUAAGGCAUCCGUGCGCAUGCGCUUUGGGCGCUUGCCACAAAUAGGAGACAAGUUCAGCAGCAGGCACGGGCAGAAGGGAGUGCUGUCGCAGCUGUGGCCCGAUGUGGACAUGCCCUUCGCCUCCUCCUCUGGCAUGCGUCCAGACAUCAUCAUCAACCCCCACGCCUUCCCCUCCCGCAUGACCAUUGGCAUGCUCGUUGAGUCCGUGGCUGCCAAGGGUGGAGCCUUGCACGGAAACUUCGUGGAUGCUUCCCCGUUCCGCCCUGCCACGUCCAACCCCCCGCCGCUCACCAUGAGCCUCAAGUCUCGCCAGCCCGCCCAGCGACGUGGCGCCUCCCGAUUGGCCCGUUCCUCUGCUGGUACCCCUGGUCUCUCCACUCCUGUACCCCGCUCAAAACUGCACAAGAAAUCCGGUGCCCCCCCCACCCCUGCUACUCCUGUCACUCCUGCUGCUGCUGCUGGUGCUGAGAAAGGGCCUGGAAGCUUCACACCCUUGGAUCUCCCAACCCCAUCUUCAUCUGCCAAGCCUGGCCAGGCUGCCAAGCCUGCCGCAGGUCCGGCGGCAGCAGGUAGGGCGGGAGAAUCAAAUCAGCCGCAGAAUCGCGAGGAUCUGGUGGACACAUUCGGGCGGCAACUGGUGGAAAAGGGAUUCAGCUACUAUGGCACAGAGACUAUGUACAGCGGAGUGUACGGGUGCGAAAUGGAGUGUGAAAUUUACCUGGGAGUGGUGUAUUAUCAGCGGCUGCGGCACAUGGUAUCAGAUAAAUUCCAGGUUCGGUCCACCGGGCCUGUGAACCCUCUCACGCAGCAGCCGGUAAAGGGGAGGAAGAAGGGCGGUGGAGUGCGGUUCGGAGAGAUGGAGCGCGAUGCAAUGCUGUCCCACGGCGCGGCGUUUCUCUUACACGACCGGCUGCACUCGUGCUCAGACUACCACACCACUGACGUCUGCUCUCUCUGCGGCUCCCUGCUCGCUCCAGCGCUGUCUCGUCCCCGAGGCGGGUCGGCAGGCGUGGUGCGAGUGGCGAUGCCCUAUGUGUUCAAGUAUCUCGCUGCUGAGCUGGCUGCCAUGAACAUCAAGCUCACACUGGGUGUGUGA